AUGCUGGAGCCGUUUGCGGUGGAUUCGCUGCAGUGUGUUCCCGAGUCGCCGAUGCUGCUGUUGCAGCCGUUCUCCAGAGACGGAGAAAAGUUCCCGUGUCUUUUCCUUUUUCUUUUUUUUUUUCCCCUGGUUGUGUGUGGUACCGUAACUGCGACUGUACGCCAUGGUUUCCCCUAUCAACCUUCAGCCUUGGCAUUUGAUCCUGUUCAGAAAAUACUGGCCAUCGGGACUCAGACUGGAGCAUUAAGGCUCUUUGGUCGGCCGGGAGUUGAAUGCUACUGCCAACAUGACAGCGGAGCUGCAGUAAUCCAGCUUCAGUUCCUGAUUAAUGAGGGAGCUCUUGUGAGUGCCUUGGCUGAUGACACCUUACACCUAUGGAACUUACGUCAGAAGAGACCUGCUAUACUUCAUUCACUCAAAUUUAACCGAGAAAGGAUAACUUUUUGUCAUCUGCCUUUCCAAAGCAAAUGGCUAUAUGUGGGCACCGAAAGAGGAAAUAUUCACAUUGUCAAUGUGGAAUCAUUCACUCUCUCAGGCUAUGUCAUCAUGUGGAAUAAAGCCAUUGAACUGUCAUCCAAAUCUCACCCAGGACCUAUUGUCCAUAUUAGUGACAAUCCAAUGGAUGAAGGAAAGCUUUUGAUUGGCUUUGAAUCUGGAACAGUGGUGUUGUGGGAUCUGAAGUCAAAGAAGGCGGAUUACAGAUACACACAUGAUGAGGCUAUCCACUCUGUGGCGUGGCAUCAUGAAGGAAAACAAUUUAUUUGUAGUCACUCAGAUGGUACCUUGACCAUAUGGAAUGUAAAAUCUCCUACCAAACCAUUUCAGACAAUCACUCCACAUGGAAAGCAGCUGAAGGAUGGAAAGAAGCCAGAACCUUGCAAACCUAUCCUUAAGGUGGAAUAUAAAACAACGAGAGCUGGGGAGCCUUUCAUCAUUCUCUCAGGAGGUUUAUCAUACGACACUGUAGGAAGAAGGCCCUGUUUAACAGUUAUGCAUGGGAAAAGUACUGCUGUGCUAGAAAUGGAUUAUUCUAUUGUUGAUUUUCUAACUCUCUGUGAAACGCCGUAUCCUAAUGACUUUCAGGAACCAUAUGCUGUAGUUGUUCUUCUAGAAAAGGACUUAGUGCUGAUUGACCUUGCACAAAACGGGUACCCCAUAUUUGAGAAUCCCUAUCCUUUGACUAUACACGAGUCUCCGGUUACCUGUUGUGAAUAUUUUGCUGAUUGUCCUGUGGACCUCAUACCUGCACUCUAUUCAGUGGGGGCUCGACAGAAGCGUCAAGGUUACAGUAAAAAGGAAUGGCCUAUCAGUGGAGGCAACUGGGGUUUGGUUACUCAGAGCUAUCCAGAGAUAAUUAUUACAGGGCAUGCUGAUGGGUCAAUCAAGUUUUGGGAUGCCUCUGCAAUAACGCUGCAAGUACUUUAUAAGCUAAAAACAGCCAAAGUAUUUGAAAAAUCGCGGAAUAAGGAUGACAGGCCGAACACAGACAUAGUAGAUGAAGAUCCAUAUGCUAUUCAGAUCAUCUCGUGGUGUCCAGAAAGUAGAAUGCUCUGCAUAGCUGGAGUUUCUGCACAUGUCAUUAUUUACAGGUUCAGCAAGCAGGAAGUGACAACAGAAGUCGUUCCGAUGCUGGAAGUACGUCUGUUAUAUGAAAUAAAUGAUGUUGAAUCUCCAGAUGGUGAGCAGGUGCCACCUUUACCAACUCCAGGCACAGGUUCCAAUCCUCAGUCCAUUGUCCCCCAGUCUCACCCAUCUACUAGUAGCAGUUCGUCUGAUGGACUACGUGAUAAUGUCCCAUGUUUAAAGUAAGUGUAUUCUGUU